AUGGCUGGAGGCCAGGAGAGGACAACCUGUGAGCCACUGUAUGUUCAGCCGGCGGCUGACGCGGGGCCGCGUCCCUCGGAAGAGGAAGCCGGCGGCGGAGGGGAGCGGAGCGGCGGCCGGGGCAGGCAGGGGCGCGGCGGGGCGAGGGGCAGAGCGCGGCCCGCGCUGGGGGCGGCCGGGGCGGCGGAGGAGGGGGCCGGCGGGGGCGGGCGCUCCCCGCCCGCGGGGCUGGGCGGCCGCGGCUCCCCCCGCGGCCCGAGCCCCCGCCGCGCCCUGCCCGCCUCCCCCCUCCGCGUGCGGGGCUUGUGGCCGCUGCUGACCGCGCUCUGCACCGCGCUCCUCUGCCUCUACCAGGCGCUGCGCGGCAGCGCGGCCGGCGAGGGCGCGGGGGGCCCGGAGGACGCGGCGGCGGAGGCGGCGGGGUCCGGGGUGCCGCUGCUGAAGGGCUCGGCGCUGCUGCUGCUCGGCUGCCUGCUCGCCCGCUGCUACGGCGCGGCGGGCGGCGGCCCCCGGCGCGGCGGGGCGCGGUGCACGGCGGCGGCGCGGCGCGGAGCCCUGGAGCGGUUCCACGCGCGGCAGCUGCGGGUGUCGCCGCACGUUCUGGGGCACAGCAAGGCGCACGUGGGGCGGGUGGUGGCCGAGCUGGUGCGCGCCGCCAAGGCGCAGGGGCUGCAGCCCGGCCCGCUGGCUCUCAGCCUCCGCGGGGACUUCGUGCGCAUCGGCAGCGCCUACGAGCAGCACAAGGUGCGCAGCCCCGACUGCUUCGACAUCCUGGUGCCCCUGCGGCUGCCGCCGCACCUGGAGCCCCAGCCGCGCUGCGCUGACGGGCUGGGGCCGUGCAGCGCCUUCGUCUGCGGCCUGCGGGCGAGGGACGGCUGGACGCGACGCUGCCGGCCCUUCGCCGAGGGCUUCUGCGUGGAGCUGCAGGGCCGCAGCCACCUCUCCUCGGGGCUGGUGCUUCGCUGGUUCCAGGGCCAUCUGCAGCGGUGCCUGGGCGCCGUGCGCUAUCGGCUGCAGGAGCGGUGCCGCGUCAGCCUCUCGGCGUGCCCCGGGCAGCCGCCCACGCUGCACAUCCUGCCCUGCUCCGACUACGUGUGCUGCCACAUCUCCAUGGCCGUGCGCCUCAUCCCGGCCAUCCCUCUCGGCGACGCGCUCUACCUCACAGCCCUGCCGCCCGAGGGCCCCCGGGGCUCCCUGGCCCCCGAGGCGCUCUGGGGCCUGAACGCCUCGCGGCAGGAGCAGCGGCUGCUGGGCUGGCUGAAGGAGCAGGCCCCGGCCGCCUCCUGCCACCUCAAGUGCCUGCAGAUCCUCAAGGGCCUGCGGGACCUCCGCCGGCACGGCCUGGAGGAGCCCUUCUGCUCCCAGUGGGGCCGAGUGCUCUCCUCCUACGUACUGAAGACGGCUCUCUUCUCCCUGCUGCUGCAGGGGCCCUUGGAGGCCUGGGACGAGCAGUUCCUGGUGGAGCGCCUGGAGGACCUGGUGCUGUACCUCAGGGACUGCCUGCGCAAGCAGGUGCUGAUGGAUUUCUUCCUGGGCAACAGCAGCAUCCCCGAGGCCGUGGCACUGCCGCGGUUCCUCAAAGAAGCGGCCCCCGUGAACUUGCUGUCUGCCUUCGACGGGCCCACGCUGGACCUCGUGGCCUUCCAGCUGAUCAGCACGUGGAUCCAGGCCCCGCACAUCAUCAGGAUGUACAGCAGCCCCCGGUACUGGCGCCCGGCGCCCGCCCCGUGCCGCCACAUGGCUGAGGCCAAGCGGGAGCCGCCAGCCGGGGAGUGAGCGGCGCUGGGAGAGCUGCUGGCACCUCGGGACUCUCCAUCGCGCACUGCCGGCUCCUGGCGCUCCAGGAGCCUGCAUCUGCCUGGGGACGGUGGGACUGAUGAAAUGUGCCUCUGUGGUCCUGUUCCUGACCUGAGAAGAGCAGAGCAAGACUUACUGAAAUUGUGAUUCUCAUUCUCAUUGGUUGUACGUGGGAAAAUUCUGACAUUUCUGGGGAAACGCCUUAGUCCUCAAGUGUUGCCUUCGGUCGACAGUUUGCAAACUAAAAGGCUCAAACUGACUGUUUAGAAAUCUAUGUUAAUUUCUUGUCUUAGUGGCAAAAUAGAGCUUUUCCUGAGAUUUUCUUUUUAUGAUGCAAAAUCCAUGUGGGAUUUAAAAAUCUUCCAAGUGCAAACAGCACUUUCCCCAUCUAUCAGUGUACUAAGAUGUUCUUAAAAUGUGAUAAGCACUAGAGCAUGGGUGUGCAUCACAGUUUGAAAUGCUCAAUGCCAUGCUUUAAACUUCCUGGGUAAUCAAGCACAUUGUGCUAAAUAGAAAUGUAACACACGUUAAUGUAAACUUGAGGGAAGAAGUGAAACUGCUCUGAUAACAGGAUGAAGAAUCUAGUUUUACAUUUGUGUUCAAGUGAAGGUUGAACUGAAGGAUUGGAAUGCAGAUAGAAGGAAACAGACAGCACUUUAUUUUCACAAAGGCCUUCUUUUUAGGAUAAUUGGCUGCACUAAGUAUUGCUAUUGAGGAGGCAUUAGUGUUUUGUUGAAGGAGUAUCCCAAGGAAAACCCUUUUAAAGAAAUACUCUGAGGUUCUUUUGUGUGUGGGUUCUAGUUGAGUUUUGUUACUUGUUUCUGUAUUCAAGUAUUAUUUCCUUAGAAUAUGCUUCACCUCAAGGACCAACAACAAAAUAAGAAAUUCUCUUAUUAUAUUUUGGAACAAACCUUAAACCAGUCCAAAUCUCAGUGCCAGAAGUUGACUGUGGCACCCUCCUGCUCCCUGGUAGGAGUUUGGUGGGAUUUUUGGAUAACUGCCUAACCAGUUGUCUUGAUUGUGUCAGUGUUUGAACCAAGUAACCUUGAUGGGAUUUUCUAGUGCUGUACUACAGCAAAUUGUUAUUUUGUUAUGGGGGGAAGAACGUAAAAUAUUUCAGGGUACUUCAGAAUUAUUUAGCACAGAUUCGUGGUACAGUAGCAGUCUUGGGCUACAGAUUCUGAUGCCCUCUGGGUAUAAAUAUCAGGCAGGUAAUUGCCACUUUUUGUCUGGUUAUAUCCCAGUUGUUGGAAUAACCUGGUGAGUUGUGAUGCAGCCAGGUUUGCAAGUGUCCUUAGCUACUACUGCAGGUGUCCCAGGGUGUCAGAAGAUUCAGAAAUUCAAAUCCUUGGGUUUUUUUUGGUCACCUGCUCAAGCAUUUGGUGUAUUAAGUCCCAAAAUGUGUUGCUGAAUUGCUGGUGCUCAGGAAGCUAAGCAUGUGCCUUACUACCUGCAGUGCUGUGUCCUGAGAGAGCCCUCCCGAAUUGUGAAGGACCAAGUGUAACUUCUGGGAAGCUUUAGGACAGCCUGAAGUAACUAACCUGCUCUUCCUCUCCCUGAUGGAUUGGUGUGCCUUACUCACAGUUCUGUGCAUCAGAACAUGAAACAAACUGUGUCAAAAUCUAUGAAGCUUUAUACAAAUCUAUUUUUCUAAAUGGAAACACUCCCUAGGCAGAUGUUUGCCUACUUCUGUCUAUUUCUUUAACUGCUCUUGCAGUCAUAUUUUCAGGUAAUUAUGGCAUAGGUCACACCCACAAGCUGGGUUAUUUUUGUAUUCGAAGCCCUGUGCUUCUUUCUACAAAUACAAAUAGUGUAUUUAUAGGUAGUAUUGAUCAAAUGUUCUUUGCACAUGGUAUUUAAGACUAAGUCAGCUGCAUUCUGGGUUGUUGGGUUUUUUUGUAGCAGACCAUGAGAUGUACUAUUUUUGCAGGCUUGUGUUUCUUGGUAUUUAAAGUAAGAUGCAGUUCUGCAAUCAAAGCCAUUGAAUCUUUUGCCCAAAGAAGAACUAGAUGGCCAGCCCAGGCUAUUGUGGCUGCCUGAACUCUUGACAUGAAAAUCCUUGAGCUGUUAACUCUGGCAUCAUGAUCACUUCAGUCAGCUGUCUGUCUGUUUAUAUCACUGCAUCCCUGUCUCUGAAAAGGGAACUUUUUUUCUGGAAAGGGGUGUGCAUUUGUUUAAUAUUGCCACAAUACAUGGAAAUCUGUAAUGGACUUGGUAAGGACUUCCUCACUAAAAUGUGGUAAGGUCAGGAGAAGAGAGUUGCAUUGGAAAAUACAUGACAGGAAGAGAUGGUGGAGAAUGUAAAUAGUUUAGAAAAUGAAAGUUGGGCUGAGGGGUGAGUGACAAUGAUGGUAAACUCAGUGAAGAUGCACUGCAAACAAGCCAAAGGACAUGGGGUAAAAUUGGAGAACUAUUGAAAGCAAGUGGAUUUGGACUGUAGGGUAAAGAGAUUUAAGUGGGUUUUGUUUUGACAGUAUUUCCGAAGCAGUUGAAUCCAUCAGGGUAAAAAGUGAGGCAAACCCUCAGUUCAUUAGCUAUGCAAGUAGAUCUUCAGUGUGAGUUUUUGCUCAGCAAGGCAUGCUUUGAGUUCAUGAUGGAGCGAAUGCAUGUGUUUGCUUUCACCUUCAGCUUGGGUGAGCCUUCUUGAAGUGAGGGGGCAUCCUGCCAUGAGGCAAUGUGUGUGCACUUGGUGGCUCAGGGGUACAACUGACAUAUGAAAUGUAUUCCCCUUAUCUGCUCUAAAGCAUGCAUUCAUGAAUAGGAUUGAUGAAAGGAGCUGACAGAAGUUGGGUUUCUGUUACAGCAUUCAUCUUAUUCCACAGAAACAUGACAGCACUGGUGCCUGCUGUGUGCUGGAGCUGUUUCAGGGCCUUAUCUCCAGGGAGGUGUACAGAGAGCUUGACCCAUAUGAGUAAUCCUGUGGCCCUUUUGCCUUCUUCCUCCUCUCCCAGCCCAUGGAUACGCAGCAAGGUUGUGCUUACCUGUUUGCUAAGGCUGUUGUUGUUGAAAUGUACCGUGGAUUCAGGAGGGUUGCCUGUGUGUGUGUAAACAGAAGCACAAACACAGCAAAAAGAGCGUGUUAUUUAGCACUAACACAGGCUCUUGGUUCUCUUACCUGCAGCCUCAUUUUGCAAAGACUGUGCAAAUGAAGUUGUUUUUAUUGAACGUUGAUUGGGAAGAGGAGUCACACGUGCAAGAGAAUAAGUUAACUUACAGUACCAAAAUUCAUAGAUGUAAUUUCAUUUUGUAUUGAAAAAUGCUCUCCAUUUCUCAAAGGCAUUAUAUUGUAUCUGACCAAAUAUCUUGCAAACAUUCCUCUUUUGAUUUUGAAUCUCUGCAGAGUAAUGUAAAUUUUAAGUAUGUUUUUGUAAUGGACAUUCCUGGUACAACUAUUUUUUGCUGGUUAAUUAUAAGACCAAAGAGGAAACUGAAGUGUUCAGCUGCUAUUGUUUUGGUUUUUUAAGUGUUUAUAGGCUCAAAGUGUCAGCCCAUUCUAUGAAACCUUUAUAAAUUCAUUUUCUAUUUAAUUCCAAAGUACUUUUGCACUUUUAUUGUUUCCAUAAAAAGUUGGUGGUUUUGUUUGACUAUUUCACUGUCAUAAUAAACAACUGUGUUAAAGCAUCUGUGCCUCAAGAUUUAAAUUCCUUGUUGCCUUUUUUUCACUAACAGCUACCUGCAGCCACAGAACUGUAAUUGGCAGGUUUAUGUGCUCUUUAGGAGGAGACUACUAAAGUGGCAAAAGGAUGGAAAAGCAGGAAGUGCACGCCUUGGGAGCUGUGCAGAGGGAUGUGGAGGAGAGCCAGGAGGGAGAGUGGA